AUGGCACCGCCCGUCGAGCAGGCUCAGACCGAGCCGGAGAACUACGAGGAGCGAUCUGCGCUGAACAAUGGCAUGUCUGCUGCCGUUGGCUCGGCCGCUGCGGGCCUCUUUGUCUCUGCGAUCCAGAACAGCAUUCAGACGCACGACAAGGGCGCCAUGGGCGUCUUUACCAGGACCGGUUCGACAAUUGCCCUCUUUACGGCCAUGGGCGGCAUCUUUUCCUUCACCGACUCCUUUGUCGCAAACAGGAGACAGAAGAACGAUGCGUUCAACGGCGCAGCCGGAGGUUGUGCUGCCGGUCUUGUUGCGGGUGCCAAUGCUCGGUCAAUUCCCAUGAUGUUUGGGUCGUGUGCUGCGCUGGCCGCCCUCGUGGGAACUUUUGACGCCGCAGGGAAGUCGCUGACAGGCUCCUACGCACACGGCGCGCCCGACUUUGGCGCGCAGGCCGCCCAGCACGGCGUCGCGCUUGAGGGAGAUGCAGGCCACGGCCAGAGGGGCUGGAGAGAGGAGAGAGAGGCGAGGAGGAAAAGCUUCUUCAAGAAGAAGACAACCGACGUCGAGACAGAGUAG